UGUCGGGAAGUGAGGAGAAAAAAUAUUUGUAGGAGGUUUUUUUAUUUUAUUUUAUUUUAUUGUUGUCUGGUGGUCAUAGAAAUCUUCUCAAAUAAACAUUAACUUUUUAUUUUUUGGCUGCAGCUGAUAGUGAUCAUUUUCUACUUGAAGCUUUUUAACGGAAAAAUCUGUGGAGUUUUGAAGUUGACAUCCAGCAGCCACCACCACUCACAUACAGGAUUUAUUCAUCCCACAGAGGGAAGUCCGAUCUUAUGACAUGUGAAAAAAGGUGGAAGAUAACUUUUAUUUAUUCAGGUUUUGUUGAGUUUUGGAGUUGGAUGUCCUUCCUUUGGAUUAGAAGACAACAUCUUAUGAGACAACAAACUUGAAGUGUUCUCAGCACUUCAGGAGAAUCCGGAGUUUAUUUCAAGCUGGGAAUCUGGAGUUUAGAAUCUGAUCAUUUUUACUGAAAACAAAGCAAGCCAUGGAGGAGAGGAAACGACUGAACUACAAAGUCCAGAGGGAGGUCCUGGAUGAAGAGGAGCUGGAUGAGAUUGCACAAAAGUCUGACUCAAAACCAUCUCUGCGUGAUAAAAUGGCAAAGUCAAUGAGGUCUCCUGGUUCUAAGGUGAAGAACUGUCUGCUGGCAACCAUUCCUGUGGUGUCCUGGCUGCCGCGAUACUCCUUCAAAGAGGACGCGCUUGGCGACCUGAUCUCGGGAAUCAGUGUGGGGGUCAUGCAGCUGCCACAAGGCAUGGCCUACGCUUUACUGGCAGGUGUUCCUCCAGUUUUUGGUCUGUACUCCUCCUUCUAUCCCGUCCUCAUCUACUUCAUUUUUGGCACGUCUAAGCACAUCUCACUCGGAACAUACGCAGUGAUGAGUGUGAUGAUAGGAGGGGUGACAGAGCGACUGGCUCCAGACUCAAACUUUAUGAUUUGGGACAACGUGUCCAACUCCAGCAUCGUAGACAUCAUUAGUCGGGAUGAAGAAAGGGUCCGAGUGGCGGCGCUUGUCACUUUUGUAUCUGGAUUGUUUCAGAUUCUGCUCGGUCUGGUCCAGUUUGGUUUCGUGGUGACCUACCUGUCUGAGCCGCUGGUCAGAGGCUACACCACAGGAGCUGCCAUCCACGUCAUCGUCUCCCAGCUCAAAUACGUCUUCGGUAUCAACCCGCUCAGAUACAGCGGACCUCUCUCCAUGAUUUAUACUGUCCUGGAGGUGUGUUAUCUCCUCCCUAAAACAAAUAUUGGCACUUUAGUGGUCAGUAUUGUCACCAUAGUUGGUCUUGUGCUGGCUAAGGAGCUGAAUGCAUUCUUGGGUAAAAAAAUACCUGUUCCUAUACCUAUGGAGUUGUUCACUGUCAUUAUAGCUACAAUAAUCUCGUGGCAGGUUGACUUAGAGGGGAAAUAUAAAGUGGAAAUAGUGGGGACUAUUCCCUCGGGUCUCCAGCCUCCUGUUGUCCCGGCCAUGUCUCUGUUCGGACAGGUGAUUGGGGACGCCUUCGCUCUGGCUGUGGUUGGUUAUGGCAUUGCCAUCUCUCUGGGACGAAUCUUCGCGCUCAAAUAUGGCUACAAGGUGGACAGCAACCAGGAACUGAUCGCUCUAGGCUUGAGCAACUCCGUUGGAGGGUUUUUCCAGUGUUUUGCCAUCAGCUGUUCCAUGUCUCGCACCUUGGUUCAGGAAAGCACAGGAGGGAAGACUCAGGUUGCUGGGGCUCUAUCAGCAGUGGUUAUCCUUUUCAUCACCCUCUGGAUUGGAAGGCUCUUUGAAGAUCUGCCCAAGGCGGUGCUGGCUGCCAUCAUCUUAGUUAAUCUUCAUGGCAUGAUGAAGCAGUUCUUGGACAUCCCUGCUCUGUGGAGGAAGAGCAAAAUAGACAUGCUGGUCUGGAUUGCCACCUUCAUCUUCACUUUGCUGUUGAACCCUGACCUGGGAUUAGCUGCUUCCAUUGCUUUCUCCAUGCUCACGGUCAUCUUCAGGACUCAGCUACCCAAAUACUCCCUAUUAGGACAAGUGGGAGACACAGAUAUUUACAGGCCAAUGGAAGAUUACGAUCAGGUGGAGCGGGUGCCAGGAAUAUUAAUCUUUCGCUCCUCUGCCACCCUCUAUUUUGCCAAUGCUGAGAUGUACCAAGAAGCCUUAGGAAGGAAGUCUGGUGUCGACAUCACAAAGAUCCUCUCUGUAAAGAAGAAACUGGAGGCCAAGAGAAAGAGGCAUGAAAAGAAAGUUGCCAAGAAAGCCAAGAAAGAGCUGAAGAAGAACGGACUAGACACGAUGCCUACCUUUGAGCAGGAGGACAAACACGUGGAGCAGCACAAUGGGGUUUCCGUCAUUGAGGUGGAGGAUGACCCUGACCCCACGCUGCCGAGAGCCAUCGUCCUGGACCUCAGCCCGGUCAACUUCCUGGACACAGUGGGGGUCAAGACGCUACAAAGUAUUAAAAGGGACUACGAAGAAAUUGGCAUCAAAGUUGUUUUUGCUUGCUGCCAAACCGGUGUGGUGGACAAUCUGCAGACCGGAGGUUUCUUUAACGACAAAGUAACAAAGGCCUGCCUCUUCACCACCAUCCACGAUGCCGUUCUGCACUGUCAGUCUGUCAGGACAAGAGAGUCGUAUCCAGAAGAAUCGGAGGAGUUGCGGGCAACACAUUUCUGAGUCCUGAGAGAAACGAUGGAUGAUGUCAUACAGAAGGAGGAUUUCAACCAGUAUUUUUCACAUAUCUGCAGCUGUUUUUGUUGCAAUAGACACUGAGUGAAAUUAAUAGGGCAGGUUCUUGACUGUUCUGAAAUAACAUAUUGAGUUUAGGCUUGUUAAUAAGCUUAAAAUACUAAUGUUAAAUGUGUACAUUUUAAUUCAGUCAUUUUUAGUUGUUUGAGGAGAGGGGAGCUUCCAUAUGGACCAAAAUGGAAACAUUUUUUGUGCACCACAUUAAGUCAGAGUUCUUCAGUUUUACAUUAUGUUUAAGCUUUACUUGCAUUCUGAGUGCAUUUAAAUAAACUGUGAUUUGCAUGGAGA